AUGUUUUCUUCAUCACUACCACUUCAGGCAGCUGCUACAACUACCUCCGCCGCUAAGGCGGCAACCCAGAAGAAUGCAACCGCCGACGCAGUGGAUCGGUUUUCAUCAGCAAGCUUCCCCGACACAGUCUGGCGUGAUGACUUCCUCGACAAAGUUGGUCUGUCCCUACAGACGGAACAAGGACACCGGGAACAUGAAGUUCUCAAGGAAGAUGUGAGGAAUUUGGUGUUAAAUGAAACAAAGAGUAGUGGGGAUGACGAGGCAAUAGUUGCAGACAAGUUGCGGCUGAUAGAUGCAGUUCAACGAUUAGGUGUUGGGUACCACUUUGAAGCAGAAAUUGAAGAGGCACUUGGAAAAGUACAUGACAUGGGAGAGGACUUAUUCACUAACUUCGAUGGCAGAGGCACUGAUCUCUACCAUGCAGCUCUUCGCUUCCGACUCCUCAGACAACAAGGAUUUCCUGUUUCGCUAGAUGGAUUUAGAAAGUUGAAGAAUAGUGAAGGAAGGUUCAAGGAAUGGUUGUCGAGGGACGAACAAGGACUGUUAAGCUUAAUCAAAAGCUCCUCACAUUUGCAAAGUUGGACUUCAACAUGCUCCAAAGCUUCCAUAAGCAGGAGCUCCGUGAACUCUCUGAAUGGUGGAAAAGCAUUGACGGGGGCGACCAACUUUCCAUACGCAAGAGACAGACUCGUGGAGUGUUAUUUUUGGAUAAUUUGCAUUUACUUUGAGCCCAAAUAUAGGGUGGCCAGAGUUCUAAACGCCAAGAUCUAUAUAGUGUUGACAACCUUGAAUGACACUUGUGAUAACUUUGGUACAUAUGAAGAAGUCCAGGCCCUAGUGAAGGCUAUUCAAAGGUUGGAUGCUAGAGCUCUUGAUGAACUACCUGAAAGGAUGAAGAAUAUGUAUCGACUCACUCUAAAUGUGUAUGACGAAAUUGAAGAGGAAGCUGGAAAGACAGGAUCCACGUUUAUCGUCGAGUAUGCUAAGGAAGAGUACAAGAAAAUAGCCCGAGCCUACUUGAAAAAGAUUGGGUGGUGCACUGAAGGCCAAGUUCCGACAGUGGAGGAGUACUUGAUCGAGAGCGGAUAUGUGACUGGAGGUAUGCCCAUAGUUUGCGGAUCUGCUUUUGUUGGCAUGAGAGCAGACAUAGUCACAAGGGAGGCUUUUGAAUGGGCAAAUAAUGAAUCCAAAAUGUUUAGAUCUGGCAGUGCCAUUUGUAGGAUUCAAAAUGACAUCUUCACAUACAAGUUUGAACAAAAGAGGGAUCAUGCGCCUUCGUCUGUUGAGUGCUGCAUGAAGCAGUACGGAAUAUCAGAUAAAGAAGCGGUUGAAUUUUUGCUGAAUGAACUUUCUAACGCUUGGAAAAAUAUAGGCCGAGAGUAUUGUCAGAAACCGACUCUACUACCAACAGUUUUCAAGGACCGUAUCAUCAACUACGCACGUUCCAUGAAUUUGUUUUAUGACAACCGCAAUGGUGAUCGCUACACAAACUCCCAUCUUUUGAAGGAACACCUCACCGCACUGUUCGUUGAUCCCGUGCCUCUUUGA